UGUGGGGUGCGGGAAGGUGCCCAGAGGAGGUGCCCCAAGUGCCACGGGUCGGGCAUGGAGGUUCGGAUCCACCAGCUUGGGCCCAGCAUGAUCCAGCAGAUCCAGACCGUGUGUUCCCAGUGCCAGGGCCAGGGCGAGUGGAUUCGGCCCCGCGACUGCUGCCUCACCUGCAACGGCCGCAAGGUCGUGAGGGAGAAGAAGAUCCUCAGUGUCCACCUGGAUAAAGGCAUGAAGGACGGGCAGAAGAUCACCUUCCACGAGGAAGGGGACCAGGUGCCUGGCCUGGAGCCUGGAGACAUCAUCAUCGUCCUGGAUCAGAAGGAACAUCCCGUUUUCCGGCGCAGCGGUGACGACCUGAUCGUGCGCAGGGAGAUCAGCCUGGCAGACGCCCUGUGUGGCUGCAGACAGGUGAUUCGUACCCUGGACAACAGAACCCUGCUCAUCUCCUCCCCCCCAGGUGAUGUGAUCCGGCCUGGAGACCUGAAGUGCAUCCCCAACGAGGGGAUGCCAGUCUACAGGAGCCCCUUCCAGAAGGGAAAGCUCAUCCUGCAGUUCGAGGUGAAGUUCCCCGAGCCGGGUUGGCUCCCCACCGAGCGCCUGCGCCAGCUCCAGGCCUUCUUCCCAGCCCAGGAGGAGGUGAUGGCCACAGAGGACACGGAGGAGGUGGAGCUCAGCGAUUACUCACCGCACUCGGGGCAGGGCCGGCGGCACUACCCGGGCGAGGCUUACCACGAGGAUGACUUUGAGGAUGGGAUGCGCCAGCACGUCCAGUGCCAGACCUCAUAG